CCAACUUUUAUAAGACAUGCGCUGUGCCUUCUCGGUCGAGGAGGCUAGUUUCUUCCCAGACUUCAUGCCCUCUUCAGUCUUCACCUCAACAACUUCACGACUCCCGACUCUUAUCACUCUGGCACGAUGUUCGACGCUCUCGAAAAGCGUGGAGGCCCCUACCCGUCCACCACGGCCGGCAUGGGUGGUGCUCCCAGCGUCACACCCGAUAUUCCUGUGUGCGCUGUUUUCAUGGCCCUCUAUAUCGGAUUUGCAGCCACCAACAUGACUAUCUUCCAGAAGAACCGUCGCAGAAACCAUAAAUUCGUCCUUUCCGGUAUGUUGUUCGGUUUCUGUAUGGCGCGUAUCACCACGCUAGUCCUCCGCAUUGUCUGGGCGACCCGACAAACAAAUGUCCAACUCGCUAUCGCAGCCCAGAUCUUGGUCAAUGCCGGUAUCUUGCUCGUCUACAUCAUCAAUCUGAUUCUGGCCCAGCGCUUACUCCGUGCCAAACAGCCACAACUGGGCUGGCAUCCGGUUGUUCGCCAUGGUGCGAAAGUCCUCUAUGUCAUGAUCGGUGGUGCUCUGGUCAUGGUGAUUACGUCCACGGUCAUAUCAGUGUAUACCUUAAAUCCCGGCACGCUCGAAUCCUGCCGUGACGUCCAGCUUACGGCCAUAACCUACCUUCUUGUCUUCACUUGUCUUCCUCUUUUCCACAUCGCCCUUGCAUUCCUCCUACCUCGAUCCAAACAAGAAGAGAAUUUUGGAGAGGGAAAAAUGGUCACCAAGAUGAUUAUCAUCACAUUAUCCACCUGCCUGUGCAUGCUCAUUGCAGGCUUCAAGGCUGGAGUUACCUGGAGUCCACCCCGACCAAUAACUCACCCCGCGUGGUACCAUUCCAAAGCCUGUUUUUACGUCUUCAACUUCACUGCUGAAAUCAUCAUCCUCUGUCUGUUGACCUUUACUCGCAUUGACAAGCGUUUCUUUAUCCCAAAUGGUUCCACUCGUCCCGGAGACUAUUCAAAUCUGUCAAAGCACACUUCAGAGGAAGAUCUUUGUGCUGAGCCAAAACCAGCGGCAUGAUCUUGGCUUUUCUUUUCUUUUUCUUUUCUCUUUUUUUCCUGAUGGGCACUUCCAUUUGCUGUGGUGGUCAAUGGUGCCCAGAGCUGCCAUAUGCUUGGUCGUUGGUGUCAUAUAAUACCUGUUAUAGUGUUAAUUUAGGGGUUGGAACAGUCAAUAGUUAAAGACAAUCUAC